AUGGAGGAGAUUCGCUCCCGCAUGAGUAACCAGUGGGACGCGCUGCAGCACAUCCGCUACCAGGCGCUGACGAGCAAGAUGACGGUGGGUCGCCUGAGCGAGCGCGUCAAGCAGCUGGUCGCCGCCAUAGCUGCCCAGGAAGGGGUCCCGUCGGCGCGCCCCUCGACGCCGGACGAGCCGUGCGAGGAGCCGUUCGAGGAGGACGGCAUACCGGCCUUGGCGGAUGCUCUGGAGGAGCUUCUUCAGGCGUACACCAACUACAUCAAUACGAGUGUGGAAGGAGAGGAUCCACUUAGCUUCCAUGAGGAUUUAGCGAAGAUUAAGGACGUGCUGGGGAAGCUGAGAGCUCUGGUCGGCCAAGCGUCGACCAGGACAUCUCGCGGCGUAGAUACCGACAGAGAACACAGAUUACCAAAAAACAACCCCUGCGGAGGGCGAGCCAGAGGCGCGGCGUUGGGAGGUGCGUGUGGGCGCUACGGCCGUGCUCCGUGCCCCGUCGGCGCCGCCGGACAGCCGGUCACGUGGGUCCACUCGCCAGCAAACCAGCUCGUGGCCCUGAACGGCGUAGUGGUAGUGGCAGACGCGCGCUUCGGGCUGGCCGAAGUAAACGGUUCUCCUGCCCUCGAGAUUUCAGAAGUUCAGAAGAAGGACGAAGGCCUCUAUAAGUGCUUCUCGAAUGGGACGGUGUCCUAUGAACUCUUUGUUGCUGAACCCAUGCUGGAAGUGGGCAUUCCCGCCACGGCUGCCCGCUUCACGAACCAGACCCUCACCUGCGUCUACCGCGGAGGCGAGGGCGUCGCGCGGCUCGAGUGGCUGUUCAACGGUGUUCCCUUCUUCCAUUAUAAUCCUUUCCGAAAUGCACAAGUGGGCAUCGUGUUCAACGCUGACAUUGAAGUAAUCCGUGAGGCGUCGACGCCGCAGCGGCUGGUCCUCCAGGAAGUGGACGUCACGGCCUCGGGAAGCUAUACGUGCCAAGUGCUGCUGGCGGCUUCCGGCCGACUGCUGAGCGAGACGGCGGCCAUGGUGGUCCAGGGCCUGCAGCAGCCGGAGCGCGCCCGGCCUCCCCCCGUUACGCGUCGAGAGCCUGGGCGACGUGGCGGCGACGACUGGCGAGGAAGCCACCCUUAGCUGCAGGGUCUUCACCGACGAGGUUGCCACGGUCUCCUGGAAGCGCCUGCGGGACCAGAGGCUGCUGUCGACCAGCAACUACUCGUACACAGGCGACGUCGAGCACAGAGUCCGGCACGAGGAAGGGCCGAGCGAGUGGCACCUGU